UGAGAGGAAGGAGAGUAGCCUACUACAGCAGUGAGAGGUAGACUAUUGUGGAGGAGACAAGACUCAUUCCGGACCCAUCGCACAACUACGUUGCACUAGAGUCGAUUUGGCUGCGGGUGAAAGACUUGAGCGGCAGGAGCUGAAUUUGCAUGAAGACGGACUAUUGCCUGUUGAUAAAUUGACGAAAACCAGGAUGUAUUUUGGUAACGUCUGUCAGAACACCACCAUGCACUCAUUGGCCCGUGGGCCCUCUGCGAGUGGUGCCCAAACCUCCAUGGCGCUGAAGCCCCUCCUCCCGUUCAGCCUGUUCCCUGGCUUCAGUGAAAUGGACCGCAUUCACAAAAUGCUGAUUGGUCCAGGGGUUGGGCUAGCCACGCCCCCUAUGAGGAAACCCAGCUCAUCGUGUGUUGUGUGCCGACUGAGGCUCAACUCGGAGAGCCAGGCCUCAUCCCAUUACAGCGGUGCCAAACACUUCAAGAGGCUCAAAGCCCUCGACCCACUGGACUGCAAGACCAGAGCCCCUGACGCAGUCAGCAAGAGCCCUGUCUCUCCCUGCCCUGUGCCACCCAGCUCAGACUACAGUUCAACAGAUGUCACAUUCAGACCUGUGUUAUCACCACCCUCUGCCUCUGGGGUGGCGCCAUCGACCUGCAGCCCAGCAGUUUCAAUGGAGACGCCCACUGACCCCUCUCUGUCACCCUGUCCCAUGGUGGAGAAGGAGAAGGAGAUGGAAGGAGCGGUGGAGGAGGUCGGAGAGUCGGAGGAAGAGAAGGCUAAGAGACUGCUCUACUGUUCUCUCUGCAAGGUGGCCGUCAACUCUGCAUCCCAGCUACAGGCUCACAACAGCGGCACAAAACACAAAACAAUGCUGGAGGCCAGGAGCGGCGACGGAGCCAUAAAGUCAUUCCCCAGGUCAGGGGUCAAAGCCAAGCUGGCCCCUCCCACCGAGGUGUCAACGGGGCUCCAGAACAAAACUUUCCACUGUGAGAUCUGCGAUGUUCACGUCAACUCCGAGACACAACUCAAACAGCACAUCAAAAGUAGAAGACAUAAAGACCGAGUAGCAGGGAAGCCAGCCAAGCCCAAGUUCAGCCCGUAUGGUCUACCGCCCCAACGCAACCAGUCAGUUGGGAUCGCUCUGAGGAAGGAGCAGGACUUGGCGAAGCCUCUCGCCUCGUGCCUCUUACAGCGCCAUCUCUCCCUUGCUGCUGCUGCUGCCAUGGCAACCCUGUCCCCAUUUCAUUUGCGCCCUGCCCCUAUACCUGGCCCUGCCAUCUUUCAGAUUCAGGCCCCCCCCCAGACCUUGUUACAUCCCGCCCCAGGACCUUUCCGUACGGCACAUACAUCAGUUCUGUUCUCACCGUACUGACCCAGACCUGCACCAGACUUGGCCUAUACCUGACCCUGACCCAGACCCGUAUCAGAUGGACCAAAACCCAACAGAACCUGUGGGACCAGUGCAGACAAAUUAUAGUCUGGAAAGUGUGUGUGUGUGUUUGUGUAAGUCUGUGUGCAUUUGUUAUGUGUGUGUGUUUGUCAAGAAAUAUGAGUUUUGUUUUACAAUAAAGAAUAUGUUGCUGGCUGUGAUGUUGUGGAGGUCUAUUUUUUAAGAAAAAUCCCAUCCGUCCUUGUUUAC